AUGAUGGAAUCACGCCGUCUGAGUCGACUGAGAGAAGCAAUUGCUGAAGAGUCAAUAAAAUACUCGAUGCGAUCACCAAUUCCAUGUAAUUGGCGAUUGAAUACCAUUCGAGCAUGUAAUAGAGGAUAUCAAAGCAAAUUCAGACGUCAUCGAGUUCACUGUGUUAUAGUGAUUGAAAUUGAUCGAAAUCCUCCAGUUCAUCUGAAUACAAAUCUUCUUCAGUCAUCAGCUUCACUUCAACAAGAUGAUGCUCAACCAUCACUAUAUCCUGAUACGCAUACCAAAUUCUGCUCUGUACGUGAUUAA